AUUUAGACCCCAGUGAGGCGUAACAGCGGUUGAAUGAAGUUCAGCGGAUCAGAGGAAUUUUACGGCCCUGCGGAUUCACAUUUAAACUCUUUCCUCGCUUCGGUUAUACAUGGAGCCGGUGUCAAGCGAAUGGAUAAUCAUGACUCAGUGUUUCGGUUGUGUGUCGUCUUGAGUUUGAGUUCGGUUAUGUGGAGUAACAGGUUUAUUGAGGCACUCAGAAUGAUAAAAAACUACUGUUAACUACGUGUUUACAUUUACACGUCACCAAAAAUCAUCAUCGCAGGACACCUGUGUGUUUUUGGAGAGCAUGCAGCCUUCAUGAGUGCCGACAGUGCGUGUCGUUGGAUGGGGUCUGGUGAGUUUGAUGUGUUACAGCGCAGUCAAUGGGAUGUCAGUCAGAAUUGAACACGUUUAGGGCUCACACGGACACUGUAAACGCAGCUCGUUGGAUAGACCUGCUUUGGAAAUGUCGGCGAUAUCCGCGGCCGAGAAAGUGGACGGAUUCACGCGGAAGUCUGUGAGGAAGGCUCAGAGACAGCGGGCGCAGGGCUCGUCUCAGUUCGCGGUGAACAGCAGCAGGCCCGCGGCUCCCGAGAUCUCGGCGCUCCCGCAGCUCAAAGAUGCAUCUUCCACAGAGCAGCAUGCGCUGUUCAUGCAGAAACUACAGCAGUGCUGCGUAAUCUUCGACUUCUACGACACGGUGACUGACCUAAAGUAUAAAGAGACCAAACGGGCCACUCUCAGUGAACUCGUGGAUUAUGUGUCCACUAACAGAGGGGUUCUGGUGGAGCCGGCCUACCCCGAGAUCACCACCAUGGUUAGCACAAAUAUUUUCCGAACACUUCCACCCAGUGAAAACCCAGACUUCGACCCAGAAGAAGAUGAACCCACUCUAGAGGCCUCCUGGCCUCACAUGCAGUUGGUGUACGAGUUUUUCCUUCGAUUCCUAGAAAAUCCAGACUUCCAGCCAAGUACUGCCAAACGUUACAUUGACCAGAAGUUUGUGCUACAGCUCUUAGAACUGUUUGACAGUGAAGAUCCUCGUGAGAGAGAGUUUCUAAAAACGAUUCUGCAUCGCAUCUACGGGAAGUUUCUGGGUUUGCGUGCCUUUAUUCGGAAACAGAUCAACAACCUUUUUCUGAGAUACCUCUAUGAAACUGAGCACUUUAAUGGAGUUGCUGAAUUCCUCGAGAUUCUGGGCAGUAUCAUCAAUGGCUUCGCUCUGCCGCUGAAAGCUGAACACAAGCAGUUCCUCAUGAAGAUCCUCAUUCCUCUGCACACUGCCAAAGGACUAGCACUGUUUCACGCACAGCUGGCCUACUGUGUGGUUCAGUUCUUAGAAAAGGAUCCGACCCUCACUGAAGUGGUGGUUCGUGGCCUUCUGAAAUUUUGGCCCAAGACAUGUAGUCAGAAAGAGGUCAUGUUUCUAGGGGAAAUCGAAGAGAUUCUGGAUGUUAUUGAACCCACUCAGUUCAAGAAGAUUCAAGAGCCUUUAUUUAAGCAAAUCUCUAAAUGUGUAGCCAGCCCUCAUUUUCAGGUAGCAGAGCGAGCACUGUACUUCUGGAACAAUGAAUACAUUUUGAGUCUAAUCGAGGAGAAUAAUGCCAAAAUCCUUCCCAUCAUGUUUGGAAACUUGUACCGGAUCUCCAAAGAACACUGGAACCCGACGAUCGUGGCCCUGGUGUACAACGUGUUAAAAACACUGAUGGAGAUGAACAGCAAACUGUUCGACGAACUGACAGCCUCAUACAAAUCUGACAGACAGCGAGAGAAGAAGAAAGAGCAGGAACGUGAGGAACUGUGGAGGAAGCUGGAUGAACUAAGACUGCAGGAGACAUCAGCCAUGCAGAAUAACAGGCAUGAGAUGCAGUUCACCUACAGCAACAAAAACACCAACAACAACAACAACCUUCACGACAAGGAGGAAGACACAGCGGCAGCCAUUACUGACAGACGUGAGAGCGGCACCUCGGCCGAAUGACACCGCCCUCU